AAGACUUGGCUGGUAUGUCGUAUUCUCCACCACAACCACCACAACGUCAGUACAGUAGUACGUUAAACGUGGAUUGUGUCGAUGGAGUCUACAGAUCUCAACAACAGGUGUCACCGUUGACAAAGCAAGUAAACCACCUCGCCUAUGAAAUCCCAAAAAACAAGUACGCCAACAAUCCAUGGAAUUAUGCUCCUGAAUUUUUGAAGGUUUUCGGUGACCUUCGUGUUCAUAUCGGAGGAAAAGCUGUAUUCGAUUGUGUUCUACUAGGAAGCCCUCGACCACGAGUGUGCUGGUUGUUUAACGAAGACAAAUUGCGCUUCAGUGACGUCAUAAUUGAGGAUACUGCUGACGUGUGCCGCCUCACAAUUCCAUACGUUCAAAUGCACCAUUUCGGAACUUUCACUGUCUUGUGCGAAAACGAGGUGGGACGUGCCACCGCUCAAGCAGAGCUUCUCCCACUUUAUGAAUAAUUUUUUGCUUAAUUUUAAAACUUGUAUAAAUGUUUUUUGAAA